CUGCUGAACAAAUUAAGGGGAAACAACUCUACUUAACAAGUGCGUGUUCCAUCGCGCCCGUUACACGACAACGCUAGCUUCCGGUUGCAUUCCAGUCAAGUGUUGACAUCGUAACCAAGAAAAUGAGCCAACGACCCCCAAGUAGCAGUGGUCGUCCAAUCACAGGGGCAGCUCGCCCCCCAGGGACAGCUGCAGGGAGACAGCCUGGGACGGCCACCAGAUUGACAACUGCUAUGAAUCCAGGCACAGCUAGACCAGGGACCAGGGGAGGGCAGAUAGGAGGAGGCGUGGCCCUGAUGUCCCAGGUGACGGUGGUAGAUCGUCCCACGACGCAGCAGGGCUUGGGAGGAAUGAAGACAGCCAAGCAAGGUGGGAGACAAGUUAUGGACAAGACAUACUACCUUGGCUUGAUCAGGAGUAAGAUCAAUGAGCUGAAUGCAGAAGUGAUCCGACUGAACAAGGAUAUUGAGAAUGCUAAUGAUGAGAACUCCAGCUACCUCUCAUAUGAGAAAAGAGCUGAGGCUUUGGCUGGAGAGAUCCGAGACCUGCAGGGAGAACUUGGUGAUUAUAAUACUCUGGUGGAUAAACUGACAACAGACGAGGACAUCCAGGAUGUGGAGUUUGACUGUAACAAUCUGAAAUCACAGAAUGACAGAGAAGCAAAGAAAAUAGAAGACAUGUUUGACGUCAAGAAACAGAAGGAGGACAUGAUCAGCCAGCUGAACACAGAGCUGGAUCAGGAGAAGCGCAUGGCAGACAGUCUGGUCAAUGACAUGGAGCCGGAGAUGAGGCAGAAAUAUUUCAAGAUGAAGGAUAUGAACGAGCACCUGCUGAAGCAGCUGGAGAAUGGCCAGCAGGAACUGGAUCAGCUCAACUCCAAGAUCGAGGGCUUGCAGGAUGAGCUGUCUAUGUCACAAGUCAAGCAAGAAGCAGUGCGACUGUACGAGCAGCUUCAUGAGCUGGACGCGAGGCGAGACCAGCUGGUGGAGGAGGCCAAGUCACGGGGGACGCCAGCGGAGGAGAGGGAGAAGUUGCUGAAGCAAGUAAAGGAAGACAACCAGGAGAUAGCCAGCAUGGAGAGACAGACCAAGGAGUUACAGGAGCGCAUUGAGCAGAUCCAGGAGGAGGUGAGGCAGCUGGACCUCGACAUUGAGGAGAAUCAGGGAGAAAGAAAUCAGAAGUACAAGGAGUUGAAGAAGAGAGAGGAGAACAUGGAUGAAUUCCUGAACACAUAUGAAGCAUCCAAGUCCCAUGAACUGCAAAGGAUCACGGAACUUGAAGGCAGCAUUGUAGAGGCGAUGGAGCGCAUGAGCAGGAACAUGGGUCGAUUCUCCCACCUCCCGACCCCCAAGGAGCUGGCCAGCAUGAAGGAGGACCUGGCCUUCAAGGAGGGGGAGAUGAAGAAGUCGGAAACCACGGCGACAGGACUCGCUUCAGAGCGGGAGAAGCUACAGCAGGACCUGGCCAAGAUGCAUCAGUUCGAGGAGAAGCUGAAGGAAGAGCUGGUGGUCCUCAAGGAGAAGGUGAAGGUCAUGGAGAAGGAGAUCGAAACGUACGGGGACCUCAACAUGCUCAAGGAAGAGUCAGAGGCCAAGAAAAAUAAACUGAUGGAGGAUCGAAUCAAUCUUUUGCGUCGACGUGAUGCAUUCAAGAAACUGAUUCAGCAACUCCAGUCUAAGUACGAGGGCCUCAAAGCUCAGCUCAAUGACAAUGAAACUUAUACACAGCUGUCCAAUCUGGAGAGAAAAUGGCAGCAACACGAACAGAACAACUUCUCCAUGAAGGAAUUUAUCUCUGCACGGACAAUGGAGUGUGACUUCGUCCCGAUCAGUCGCCGCGUAUACAGAGGACUGGAUGACUUCAAUGUUCUGCUCCAGGACAGACUGGCAGGCAAACACGCCAUCUAGAGUGAAAUUCAACAGCAAUGCUAACCUGUUUAUAUUAUUUCAUACACAAACCUAUUGAGGAGGAAAUCUACAGUUUGAUGUCAAUAAAAAAACACAAAUUAAAUGACAACUAAUGCAGCAGUUAUGAAAUUGCUUAGUUUACGGGACAAACCUCACCAUGCCAUACAUGUAUCAAAGUUCAUUUAUAAAUUUUUCUUCUCCACUGUUGGUAAAAAUGUUCAGUAAUGUGAGCAAUAUAAACAGGUUGCCCCAAUCAUUCCACUGUAGAAGUCUUCUCUACAACACAUCCGUCCAUUGUUGAAAUACAUGUAUAUUGUAAUAAAUUAUUGUCAUGU